CAUCCUACUUCCAUUUUACAAAAUAAAUAAAUAAGUUUUCAAGUUUUUUCUUCUCCAGUUUCCCCGUUCGUCGUCUGAUUCUAUAAAAGAAGGAGCAAUUGAAACUGCGCUCUGCUUUUUUUAUAGUAUCAGACGGCGAAUAGACAAAAUCCUUCGUCCCAAACAAAGCUCUCUAUUGAAAUCUUAACAGAGAAGAAGAAGAAGAAAUGGCAUUAAACGUGGCUCACCAGAUCGGAGCCCUCGUCGGGGCUCCAAUUCGAGCAGAGGCCGCCGUGUCUUCGGGCGAUUCAACGCGUGCAGCGGCGGUGUGGCAAUCUCCGGCGCCAAUCAAUUGCAAGAUCCAGAAGGAAGACGGAGGAGCCGAGCAGAGGUCGCAACCGGCCAGCCCCUGCAAAUCCCCCAUCAUCGGCGGCGGCGCGAGGCCAGAUCUGUCCGCCGCGUGCCUCGCCUUCGCGGCGGAGAGCGACGAGCUGUUGGUGCACGAGGAAGGAGGCAGGAGCAAGAAGGGCGGAAAGGGGGUUCCGGUGUUCGUGAUGAUGCCGCUGGACAGCGUGACGAUGAAGAACACGGUGAAUCGGAGGAAGGCGAUGAAUGUGAGCCUGCAGGCGCUGAAGAGCGCCGGCGUGGAAGGGAUUAUGAUGGACGUGUGGUGGGGUUUGGUGGAGAGAGAUGCUCCCGGGGUUUACAAUUGGGGAGGUUACUCCGACCUUCUGGAGAUGGCCCAGCGCCAUGGCCUUAAGGUCCAGGCCGUCAUGUCGUUUCAUCAGUGCGGUGGCAACGUCGGUGAUUCCUGCAACAUUCCUUUGCCCAAUUGGGUUGUGGAGGAGGUCAACAAUGACCCAGAUCUUGCUUACACGGAUCAAUGGGGAAGGAGGAACUACGAGUACUUGUCGCUCGGAUGCGAUACGCUUCCAGUUCUUAAAGGUCGAUCGCCUGUGCAAUGCUACUCCGAUUUUAUGCGUGCAUUCAGGGACAACUUCCAACACCUUCUGGGCGACACCAUUGUGGAAAUUCAAGUAGGGAUGGGUCCUGCUGGUGAGCUCCGUUAUCCAUCCUACCCAGAGAAAGAUGGUAUCUGGAGAUUCCCCGGCAUUGGGGCCUUCCAAUGCUACGACAAGUACAUGCUCAACAACUUGAAAGUUGCAGCUGAGGCCGCUGGCAAGCCACAAUGGGGGAACAGUGGCCCGACUGAUGCCGGAGAAUACAACAACUGGCCAGAAGACACCCGAUUCUUCCGCAAAGAAAACGGUGGUUGGAACACCCCCUAUGGCGAAUUCUUCCUCAACUGGUACUCCCAGAUGUUGUUGGACCACGGCGAGAGGAUCCUGUCAUCAGCUACAUCCUUAUUCAGCAAUGCAGGCACAAAGAUCUCGGUCAAAGUAGCAGGAAUCCACUGGCACUACGGCACUCGCUCCCACGCACCAGAGCUCACGGCGGGUUACUACAACACAAGGUUCCACGACGGGUACCUUCCGAUCGCCCAGAUGCUGGCUCGCCAUGGCGCGGUAUUCAACUUCACCUGCAUCGAGAUGAGGGACCACGAGCAGCCCCAGGACGCGCUCUGUGCGCCCGAGAAGCUCGUGAGGCAAGUGGCUCUGGCGACCAAGGAGGCUGGAGUCCCGCUGGCAGGGGAGAACGCGCUGCCGCGAUACGAUGACUACGCACUCGAGCAGAUCAAGGAGGCCGCGGCACUGAACGUUGGCGAGAAAGCAGAUGAGGAUGACGAGAUGUGUGCAUUCACGUACCUGAGGAUGAACCCGACUCUGUUCGAGCCGGAGAAUUGGAGACGGUUUGUGGGCUUUGUGAAGAAGAUGAAGGAAGGGCAAUGUGGGGAUCAGUGUUGGGAGCAGGUUGAGAGGGAUGCCGAACAUUUUGUGUAUAUCAGUCAGCCGUUAGUACAAGAGGCUGCUGUUGCUCUUGCCCACUAGUUUGAGAGCAAGAAUACUUUUUGUGAUUAUGCACUGGAUGUUCGACUUCUUUCUUCUUCUUUUUUUUUUUUUUUUGUAUAAUUUUUUUCUUCUAUAAAUGGAAGUGUAACACCCCGAAUUACAUUUAUCUUGGCGUUUCCCUAAUUUCCCUUCCCAAUCAUAAUUGCACUGCAGAUGCAACCACCCACAACAAGCCUUUUCACUCCCAUUCCCUUAUCCCAACGGUAAGAACAAACAGCCAUUGACAUCAGUGCGAGAUGCAACCGCAACUCCGUGAGAUCCAUGACAUUGAUCGACCAACACACAAGUAUUUCAGGACAGCGAAUCCAAGCGAUGGAGCCGGCGAUUCGGGCUAUCGAAGAUGACAUGAAGAGGAGUCUAGUGGGUAAGAUUGACUAUAGACGUGCACGAUUUAAGAUUCAAUCACCAUAGUUAACCAAUGGACAUCAUUCUUGCAUCGUAGCUUUGUCGGCCAAGGUGCGAGGUGAUCGAAUGACGAGCUAAGCAAGGAAUAGAGUCCCUAGUGACUCUGAUAUAGCUCUAGGCACGAAUACUAUGAGGUAAGGAAGCUCGAUCCAUCGCGUUAAAAUCGGCAUUUAUGCGAGUAAUACGGGUUUGUAUAAAUAUGGAAAUUGGCGACUGUAUUGUAGGCUUUAGUGACGGUUCGUUAGCUGUCUCGAAAGUCUGGCAAUCAGUGGCAGCUCUUUUGGGACGAGCUGUGAUAGUCUUUAGUGGCAGAUUAGAUGACGGUCACUAGAUGGAGCUGUAGCUUUUAUGAUUUAAUUGUCUAAGUUGAUUAUAAGUGUUGAUUAUGUAUUGUCAAAUGGGUUUGUAAUUGAUUUAAUAAGUAAUCUGAGUAGUGUACGAAUUAUGAUGUUGAAUUAACUUAGUAAUUAAUAAAAUGAUUUAGUUUAAGCUCAUUAGUUAUUUGGUCUAAUAAUAAAGCGAAUGUUGUUGUUGAGUGGUUCUUUAAGCAAGUUAAUAGGUAAAGAGUACUAAUUAAUUUAUUAGCUAGCGAAAUAGUGGUUUCGGGUAGAAUGAUAUGAUAAAUUAAACUAGAAGAGACUAUGAUAUUUUAUAUGAUUAGCAAGUUAGAUAAACUAUGCUAAUGAGGUAAACUAUGCUAAGAGACUAUGAUAUUUGAUAAUAGAGUAAUAUAUGUUAUAAUAUACUCUUGAAUCUUGGAUUCAACUAGGGAAGUGAUAUUAGCAUGAUUAGUUUUCCAAGUAUUUAAAUUGGCUAAGAUCUUAAAACUAUUAGAUUUAAGGAGUCAAUGUUUUAGUAUGAUUUAAUUAGUCGUACUUUGCAAUUAUUGCAAAGUAGUCCUGACCGUUAAGAACCGUCGCUAAGAAUAUCCAAAACCCAACCGAUCUAACAUUAGUAUUCGCCAUAGGUUAACACGGCGAAUCAUCCUCUCUAGAGCAUCGAUUCUUUGAGUUGGUGGCAAGAUCAAAUCAACCGACUUAAAUUAACAAGGUGCGUGGUUUGAGGGGGCUAGUUAGUAUUCCAUUCUGAAUUGUUUAUGAUGCAUGUUACUUGCGUUACAUGAUAUGCUAUUAUAUGUUAUUUAUGGUUGAGUUAUGUGUUUAUGAGAUACAUGUUCAAGUUUGUGAAUCAUGCUAAGUUUAUGAAUGAUGUUCAUUAUGCAUAGUAUCACGCUCAUUAGAAAAUUAUGACCAAAUCAAAGUUAUUAAGUUGGAUCUUUCACAUUAGGUGGGAGAUCACCAAGCUCUUCAAGUAAACAUGUACGUAAGACUUAAUUAUCUCUCUCCAUGGUGCGAGAGAUUAAUUAAGGCAAGCAUGUACAAUUACCAGGCUAAGUAAGAACAAGUUAAUAAGUAAGAACAAGUUAACCUCGCUUAGCUAGCCACUAUCUAGAGGGAUCCCUACCGGAUGGUGAUUCGUUCCGCGAUCUCCAUUGCCUAGGUUUACGUGUGCUACCGGAUGGUGAUUCGUUCCUCGGUAGACAUACUCUAGUUUGACACCGGAUGGCAAUUCGUUCCGCGGUGUUCAAACUCAUGUGAGGCUCCCCAUUGUGAAGGUAGCCAUGUUUAAGUGAGUAAGACUAGUAGUGGCGCCAGCUAAGUCGAGGCAGAGGCAGUGGCAGAGGCAGGGCCUUUUGGCCUUGUCCCGGGACAGGGGUAAAUUUCGGUGGAACAAAAAUACGCCAUAUAUAUUUAUAUUGGUGAUGGAACACAACACGUAUAGGUAGUAUUAGAGUACUUUGUCACUACAACACAAUUCAUUACUUUUCCAAAAUUGACAUAAAAUUAAUUUAUUAUACAAUAAACGAAAUUCCAAUUGCAAUAAAGACCUAAUCAGGUCUCUUUUCUCCUUAUGCCUAUUCGAUCUUUCCCCAACAACCCUGAAAUUGUCUAGCGACAACGGCAAUCCCACUAGUUUUGAUCUACCAAUUACAACUGCAAGUGUAAAAAGAGCAUUUCAGCUUUGAGUUAUAUUAAGAACAAGUUUCCAAGUCGAUUUGGCGACCAGUUUGCUAGCUAAUACUUGUUUAGUAAGAUACAUUGAAAAGAGACUUAUAUAAUAGUGUAGACAACGAAUGUUUUUACGUUUAUUUCACUAUAUGAAAUUCCUUCAUAGUUGUUUUUAAAAAGUAUGAUAGCUAGCAUAAUCGGUUAUUUUUAAUUUAUGAAUGAAAUAUUGGGAUAUAAUUAUUUUUUAUUAAAUAAUUAUUUUAUUAGAUACUUAUAUAUUUAAGUUAUGAAAAAGAACAGGGGUGGUUUGAAAUGCUGCCUCCGCCACUGGGUAGGGGCCCCGUCACAAGAUAAAAGAUACAAGAUACCCAGACUUAUAAUUUCAAGAACUCCUAAUAACGUACUAAGACAUUGCAUGGCAUUUGCACUCAUGUGCAUCUUGUUUGGUUUUAUAUUAUAUCAAGAAUGAAAUUAGGAUUAGGACUGACCCCAACACCCGCAUUCAGGAAUCAUAGAAGCACAUAAGCACGCAUAUGGAUUCAACGAUUCAUCAUUGGCUCCAUAGCACUCCAGAAGGAAGAAGUUAAGUUCAGUACUUUAGUAGGACGAGAGACUUGAUGUGAUUUUACGAUGAUGUUUAUUACGUCAGGAUGUUUCAAACCAUGUUGACUUUUAUGUCUACUGUUAUCUUUAGUACGACGCUUCCACUAUCUUUCAAUGUAUUUAAUGUUCAUUGAUUUAUAAGGGUAUUUUAGUAAAAGUAGCACCAUAUCGGGUCGAGGUGUUACAGGAAGCAAGAAAAGAAAAAAAAAUCUACAGCAUUAAUUUUCAUCCCAAUAAGGCAUAAGACCAUCUACAUCCCAAAAAUUAAUUAGCAAUUUCUAAAUCGGUCCAAUAUGUGGAAGAGGAAAGAAGGUACCAUAUGAAAUGACAUUACACCAAUGAAUGGUGGUGAAGAAAUAUAGGAGAAGGGUAGUGUUUGAGCCUAGAAUGUAUUAGGCGGUUUGAUGAGACACGAGCGAAGUUUAUGUUCUUGAUGGUGGGCAUCACUCCUGAACCUUGCAAAACAAGGGUCCGUGGGCGGUCGCCCAGUACACUCUCCGAUGAUUAAGUUAGAGAGAGAAUCUGAGAAUAUGUAUUAUGUUUAGAGAGAAGGGAAGUAGUUGAGUUAUCAUCAAUUCUAGUGUGGAGGUAUUUAUACCCGGUUAGGUGGAAUUUAGAGCAUUAAAUGCUUUGUCAGGUGCCCUAAUCAUGUACUGCCCUGCUAUAUGCCACAUAUGGUGGAUAAUUAAUGCUUAGUCCUGUUUGCUUCGAGUUAAGUAUCUUAGAAGAUGUCUCAUUCUUGUCACCAUCAGUGCUUUAUGUCAGGCGGUCUAUGCAUGUCUUGUCUCUAGGUUGACAGCCUAACAUACUUCCUUGCCUGCGACCGCGCCACUCCUGAGCCUUCCCACUAGACUGGGCCUAUUUUGUUUCCUUGGGCUCUAAAGCCCACUAUCGCUCAACUAUGGACCCAACUAGUGAUGGCAAUGGGGAGAGGCAGGGUGGGUACCUCAAUACCCAUGCCUCGCCCCACGCUACUAUAGGUUGGAGGGGUAAAACCCGUACGGGUACGGGGCGGGCCAGGUCGACCCACUCUGACAUGUUAUUUUCAAAAAAUACAGACAAAAUUUUAAU